GAGCGCGGCGGCCGUGGCAGCGCCUGCGCGGGAGGCGGCGCGAGCCCGGGGCGCGCGCGGGAGCAGCGCGCCGAUUGGCCGCUCGGCGGUGCGGGGGCGGGCCCCUCCCCGGCCGGGCCGCCCAUUGGCCGGGCGGCGCGCGAGCGGCGGGGGAAAGGCGUGAGCGCGGCGGGCGGGGGCGCUCGCGCCUGAGGGGCAGGGCCGUCCCCGGAGUCCCGCCCGCGGAUUGGUGGUCGCGGGCGGGGGGCGGGGCGCAGGGGCCGCGCGUGAAGGCGGGCGGCGCGCGCUGAUUGGCCGCGGGCGGCGGGGGCGGGCGUGCCCGGCCGAGGGUGGAGCGCGGCCGUCCCGGCCCCGCCGCCGCCGCCGCCGCCCCGAUGCCGGCGGGCACCGAGCAGCCGGGGGGCGCCGCCGCCGAGCCGCCGCCCGCCCCGGGACCGCCGCCCGCCGCAGACAGGCCGCCGACCUCGGGCCGCCGCCGCCCGCCGCCGCCCGCCGCCGACCAGGGGGAGGAGUCCGGCGGCAGCCGGGUGCUGAGGGGCGGCCGGGAGCGCGGCCGCGCCGCUUCGGCCGCGGGGGGAGCUGCCGCCGCCGCCGCGUCCCGCCGCCGUAAGGCCGAGUAUCCCCGACGCCGGCGGAGCAGCCCCGGGGCGCGGCCCGCCGCCGAGCAGCCCGCCGCCGAGACGCCGCCCGCGGGCAGGAAGGCCCCCCGGGCCGGGUGCGCAGAUAAAGUCGCAGGUAAAGCUCCCAAAGAAGAGAAGGAGGAGGAGGAGGAGGAGGAGCUCAGCCAUGGCUCUGCCGCGGGCGCGGCGCGGCCCAGCCGCAGUUGGCGCAGCAGCCGCGCCACGGCCGCCGCUCGCCAGCGCGACCCCGACAACUCCCGCGCCUCCAGGUCGAAGGCUGCCUCCCUGCAGCUCAUCUGCAAGUCCGAGCCCAACUCCGACCAGCUGGAGUACGUGGUCACAGACGAGCAUCAGUCUCCAGAUGGAGUCAGCGAUGAUGAUGAGGAGAUGCUCAUCAGUGAGGAAGAAGUUCCCUUCAAAGAUGAUCCCAGAGAUGAGACCUACAAGCCCCACCUAGAGAAGGAAGCACCAAAGCAAAGGAGAAAAGCUAGCAAGGGGAAGGAGGAAAAAGAAAGGCAGAAAGAGAUUAAAGUGGAAGUGAAAGAAGAGAAUGAGUUUCAGGAGGACGAAGAACCACCAAGGAAGAGGGGAAGGAGGAGAAAGGAUGACAAGAGCCCAAGGCUGCCCAAGAGAAGGAAGAAGCCUCCGAUCCAGUAUGUCCGCUGUGAGAUGGAAGGCUGCGGCACGGUCCUGGCUCACCCGCGGUACCUGCAGCAUCACAUCAAAUAUCAGCACUUACUGAAGAAAAAAUACGUGUGUCCUCAUCCUUCCUGCGGUCGGCUCUUCCGGCUCCAGAAGCAGCUCCUGCGGCAUGCCAAACAUCACACAGAUCAAAGGGAUUACAUCUGCGAGUACUGCGCCCGGGCCUUCAAGAGCUCCCACAACUUGGCAGUGCACCGCAUGAUCCACACGGGCGAGAAGCCCUUGCAGUGUGAGAUCUGCGGAUUCACCUGCCGGCAGAAGGCUUCCCUCAACUGGCACAUGAAGAAGCACGAUGCAGACUCCUUCUACCAAUUCUCCUGCAAUAUUUGUGGCAAGAAAUUCGAGAAGAAGGACAGCGUCGUGGCCCACAAAGCCAAGAGUCACCCUGAAGUGCUCAUUGCUGAAGCACUGGCUGCCAACGCGGGUGCCCUGAUCACCAGCACCGAUAUCCUGGGCACUAAUCCCGAGGCCAUUGUGCCACCCACAGAUGGCCAGGGCCUCCCGCUGCUCCCCGACCCCCUGGGCAGUGCUCCCCCAGCAGAUUGCCUGCUGCUGAGCCCAGAGGGGAUGCCAAAGCCCUACUGUGGCGGGGCAGAGCGAGUGAGCCUGGUGGCUGACGGCAAGCUCUUCGUGGGCAGCGGCAGCAGCGCGAACCCGGAGGGGCUGGUCAUGAACACAGAGAUGCUGGGAGCCAGCACGGAGGUGCUCAUUGAAGAUUCAGACUCCACUGGACCCUAGUGGCAGGGGAGCACCUGGGUGCUGGGACAGUUGUGACUCUGUAUUUAAAAGGAAAAGGAAAAAAAAAAAAAGGAGGAGGCACUUACUGAAAGAGAGGAAAGUUAAACAAAACUUACAAUACUAGUAAAUAACUGAAGGGUCUGCUCCCCUCCAGCGCGGAUCACAGCACAUCCUCUUUCUCCCAACCACUUCUCUCUCUCCCACGGCCCCUUUGUGGAAAGGGGCACGUGCUGCCGUUGCCAGAGCAAGUUGGAUUGAGCGGCGGAUUUCUCCAAGGGAGGGGGCACUGCCGAAACCCCUCGCUCUACCCCAAAGCAGUUGCCUUUCUGGCUCCUUGGCGUGGCCCCACUGGCAAACUAAAAAGCGUUGGACGUGCUCUGGAGAAGUUCCUUAGGACUCCCUCUGCCCCUGGUCCCGACUUCUAUGCACCACUGCACUCUGGUCCUUGCAGUCUCCUCCUUCCUGGCCGGGGCUGGGAGUUUGGCACUUUAGCCCCUCGGCAGGGUGAGCUGUGAAGCAGCAGUGCACAUCCCGCUCCCACCACGCUCCCCUGCUCCAGCCCUGGCAGGAAGUGGAGGGAGGGAACGCCCUGGCUCGUAGAUCAUGUUUGCUUGGAGAGGCCCGGGGGCUACAGGAGCCCUGCGUGGGAGAGGCAAGGAGGAGCAUCCCAGUUUGACGACAGUAAUUUGCACUUUGAACAUGCUUCGUUUUUGUGUUGUGGUAACAAGAUUCCUUAUUUAUUGUUUAAAAAAGGGUCGGUAUUUUUUAGUUCUGUUCUUAGGGGCGGGGGUGGAAGGGGUUCAGGCUGUUUCCCAGUAGGCUCCAGUGCAGGGAGCUCCAGUGCCAUUGUGGCAGCGGCUGGGAGAGCUGAGGUGAAGGCAGCACUCUGGAGUCAGAUGUGUCUUGCAGCUUUUGCAGAGUAGAGGGAGAGCCCCUGGAGAAGAGCCUGUGUGCAGUGGCAGUCUCUGCAGCAGCGUGUUAGCAGGAGGAUGAGGUGAGUGAUGGGCUGUCUCUCCCUCCCUCCCAGCUCUGGGUGAGCUCCUUGCAUUAAAUGCCUGUUUUGCCUCCAGCCUUUUGGGGAAGGACAGUUGUUAGCCAGGAACUUGUUCUUGUGACUUGUGACUCUUGGGACAGCCCUGAGCUACUUGCUGCUGGGGGAUGUGGUGCUCCUCAUCCAACUCUGCCUCUCCUUUCCAGGUCUAGACAAAGACACAGUUAGCAGGGACUGGAUAUGGUUUUCUCAGGCUUGUUUAUCCAAGGCAAUAGAUUGAUGUGGGACGACGGGGCUGUCAGCUUUUCUCCCUGCCCUCAUUUUGAGGGGGGACUGUGUAGCUGUGUUCUGAAAGCUUCUCUUUUCUGCACAGACACCCCAGCUUUCCCUGAAACGUGGCGGGUCAGGUGUUGCCUGCUGGUGUAGUUAGGGCAGCUUUGAGCCCUUGGAAAAGUUUACAUAGGAUAAGAUGUGUCUGCUAUGGAGACUUGGAUUUUUUUUUGCUCUUCUCUGGAACUUUGUGUGGAGAUUCAGUGGCCUUGAAUUCGUAGCGGUUUUGGAAGAGGUGAAGAAUAACCUGUUUUUUGUUUGUUUGCUUGUUUUUUGGUUGGGUUUCUGGGGUUGGGAGCAGAGCUGAAGUAUCUUGUCUGAGCACAAGAUCAGCUGAGUUGGCCUGCAGCACACAGCAGCUUGUUGAAAUCGGGUACCUGGGGGUCUGGAAAACCGCAAUAAAACUUGGAAUUUAAUUGGAUUAACAGGAAACUGACUCUGAACACCCACUCUGUCCCCUGUGAUGCCUGGAAAUCCAGCUGUGGCUGAAACAUGCUGGCUUUUCUCAGGCUGCUUGUCCUGGUUUGCCCCCUUCCUUCCUCCCUCCCUCCCUCUUAGGCUGAUACCUUUGUCAGAGCAAGUCGAAGCACUUCCUGGUGCUGGGGUGGAUCAGGCUGAGCAGUCGGGUGUCCCGUGCCUGGGUGUGGGCAUCCCGUGGUCACGCUGUGGCAGCAGCCUGGCUCACGUGAGGACCCAGCACACCUGGUGGCAGGUCCGUGGUAGAAUGGUGUUAAACUCAACCAGUUCUUUCAGCUGAGAUGAUCCGGUGUCUUGCUUGGAUUGCUUUACUGUGGUUUCCAGCAGGAAACUUUCUGGGUAGCAGCUGGUCCCCUCUCCUUGCAGGCUAGAGAGGGGCAGCACUCUGGGGACACUUGGUGGCCCUCGGGGCAGGUUGGCUUUGUCUUUCUGACAUGGUGCUGCUGGGGCUGGGUCUCUGCUGGCCCCUGUGCCUCUGGGAGGUGCAGGGUGGGCAGAGCCUUGCACAGAACACUAAAGGAGAGCUCGGGGGUUUGGUGGUUGAGGGAUGGCAUUAAAACGCCUUUGGGCCAAGGGCUGGCUCACCUCUGGUGACCCAGCACUUGGCACCAGGCUGGGGGAGGCUGCCUCGUCCCUCGUCAGCCCCAGUGGAGCAGGGUUUGCCCCUGGCUGCACUUCUGGGAUGCAAAAUCAAACACUUCCUUUGCUGCCCGGCCUGGACACCUCUGAUCCCUGCCUCUCCCUGCCUUGUCCUUCCAUGACACCUCUUGUAGCUCUCCCUUUUCUUUUUCUGGCCGUGGCCAGGUGCCUGUCUGUCCUCUAACCACAGCCUGCUCACCCCUGGUGCAGGAGAGAUGUGUAGCUCCCUUCCCACGCCCCUCUGAAGCCCUAAAACUGACACAGCCCUCCUGCAGCUCCUCCUCCCCUCGAUGUCUCUCCUUCACUCGCAUGCAGUUUGCUUCAAUAAAUUAUUGUAGUAGUUUGCAAUAAACUUUUUUGUAUUUUUUU